UUGCUAAAGCCUCCUCACUUUCUGAUUUGUCAUGAUGAAAUAUUAAUGGUCCAUCAGCAGUGCUCUGAGGGAGCUUAUAUUGCAUUUUUGAGUAGAUAGCUAGUAAUGUACAAUAGACAAAUCCCAAGGCACCAGGCCAUUCAAGGCUAGCAUUGCAUUUUCAAUUAGGCUCUGAGUGAAUCCUUGGCAUGCGCUGAAGCAAAACUGGUGCACAAUUAGCUUAUUGUUCUUUCAGCUUUGUGCAGAGACGAUCUGAAGGACUAAAGGAAAAAACCAGCUUCAAGAAUUGCUAUUGAUGUGGAAUAAGGGAGUUGCUCUGUUCAUGCAGUUACACUUGCUAACCCAGGAAUUUACAGCUAUUAUCAAGUAGCAGUCAGACUCACUCAAAGGCGUGUGCCAAGGGCUAUAGUCACUGAGAAACCUGCUCUUUUCCAAGACGCUCUCUUUCAUCUGCCAUCAGCUCAGAAAUGGAACCCAAUAGUCCCAAGAAAAUACAGUUUGCGGUGCCAUUAUUCCAGAGUCAGCUGGAUCCAGAGGCCUCAGAACAGAUAAGAAAGAGAAGACCCACACCCGCAUCGUUGGUUAUUUUGAAUGAGCACACACCAUCAGUAGAUGACAAGAGGACGAACAGUACAAAUGAAGAAAAUGUGUCACCUAGGCAAAGGAAGCAGAGUGUAUUCACAGCGCCGGCCAUGAAAGGUGCUGAGCAGGCAAAGUCCUUUAUUUAUAAUGAUAACCACCAAUCUUCCAGCAUGUUACAGCACAUAACUGUUGAGAAUUCCGAUCUGCUUAUGAAACCCAGAAGGAAAGAUACACCGUAUCCCCUUGAAAUUCCUUUUAUCCCAGCGGUUAAGCAGAUAAAAAAACAGAACGAUUCUCCCUUUCCCGAGGAAGAGGAGGAUGGAGAGGAUGAAGAGGAGGUGUGUGAUCACUAAACCAAUUGCUUCACCCUUUGGUUUUUCUUUAUACAGACUGUAUUGUUGUCUACAGAGCCUUGUUCUACGGAUUAACACUUUUAUACAGAAUACACCAGAUGCGCAGUGGGAGGGGUUUCUUCAGGUGAAAAAAAACAACUUCCCCCAAAAAUGUAUAUAAAUUAUAAAAAAUCCACUUUACUGUCAUCUUAAUGGUGCAUUUCUGUUUCUGAUAACUAUUACUUUGCUAAUGGUUGCAAAGAGGCCUUUAACCCAAUGUAAAUAUACACACGACUGUAUAGAUAUUAGACAGACUUUCGGAGAAAUCGGUGAGAAUAUAGAAGAAGAAGUCUGCUGAGAAUGAAUUACAGUUGUGAUUCCCAUGUUCAAUGUACAUUGUAGCAAGAUACUCAAAGAGGAAGUCCAAUAAAUGUGACCUAAUAACUUGCUUUA